CUGCGAACCACCAAGGAAGUCAAACCUAGCCCCAGUCCCCUCAACCAGCUCAACCAAGCCCAGAGAUGCGUGGAUUCAUUGUCCUGUGCCUUUCCGCAGUCGCGCUGGCCGCGCCCCAGGGCUACAACUACAACCCAGGCCCGUCCGGCUUCGGCGGCAUCAGCACCACCAGCGGCGGCGCCUCCUUCUUCCAGGGUGCCUCCCAGGUGGCCCCGGCGCAGCCACAGGCCAUCUACCAGCAGCCGGCCGUGCAGAGCCACCACCUCCAGCAACAGGUGAAUCAGGGACAGCAGGUGCAGCAGCAGCAGGCCAUCGUGUCCAAGCGCUUCUUCAUCCACUCCGCCCCGGAGGAGGCCGAGGACUACAAGGAGCGCCACAUCACCGUGGGCGUGCCCAAGCGCAACUACAACGUGGUCUUCAUCAAGUCGCCCCAGCGCAACAACAGGAAGACCAUCAAGAUCAGCCCCGCCGCCAACGAGGAAAAGACCGUCAUCUACGUGCUGAGCAAGAAGGGCGAGAGCGACGUGCAGGCCGAGGUUGUGGAGCAGGCCAGCUCCACCAGCAAGCCGGAGGUCUUCUUCAUCAAGUACAAGACCAACGAGGAGGCCGCCCACGCCCAGCAGCAGAUCCAGGCCCAGUACGACGCCCUGGGCGGAAGCAGCCAGCUGACCGACGAGGGAGUGGCCCCCGUGACCUCCGUGAUCGGAGCCCUGGGCGGCAGCGAGGGACACGGCGACGCCGGGUCCGCUCUGGGCGGCACUGGCGCCGGCCAGAUCGUCUCCACCGGCUCCGCCGGAUCGCACACGGGCAAUGCGUACCUGCCACCCAACUUCUAACCGUUGAGCCCGGUUCCCCAUACCCGACUUCACAGUGCCCUGUGACAAUUGUUGUUAUUAAUAAUAAAUAAAUUGCUGUUGAAUUUAA